AUGGGUGCAGGAGGCUCAUCUGGGGGCGGUGGCAUCUCUGCUAGAGGCUGGGGACGUGCAGGGAGCAGCUGGUCGUCUGCGGUACCUGAAUCUGGAGUAUGGGGCUGUGGAGAAGGAACGAUACAGAUCUGCCCUGCACCAGUUGGUGCUUGCACUGCGCCCACAGGUGCCCCAACAAGCGCCGUCCAGCACUCCUGUUUGGACGGCAGUGAGGAAGGAAGUGACAAGAAUAGCCGUCCAGGAGCUGCUAGCUUCGGGUUCGGCCCGUCUCAUCAGGCUGUUCCAGGUGCUUAUGACAUGGCAGCGGGGUGUGAUGUGAUGACAUGGCAGCGGGGUGCAUGGGGGUGUGAUGAUGUGGGGCUGUGGUGGGUGCCAUGUCGGUGUGAUGGCAUGGAUUACGAUGGCAUGAGUACGGCUUAUUCCUUUGUUCCAUCCCUCUCCCUUGUCAUUUAUGAUUUCGGCAUUCUCCUCCCCUCUCCCUCAUCGUCUCGCCUCCAGGCUGUAUGGGAUGAUCACAUUCACAGCGAGGUCCAGCAAUCCGCACACCACUCCCUCAUCGCCCCUCCCUUGGAAGCCCUUCACUCCCAGCUGCUGGCACAUCAGCGAGGUGCCAGCAACGCCGAAGCAGAGUCAGAUCAACUGAAGGAGGGCUGUUCUGAGGCAGAAACGAACGAGGUGGAGGGUGCCGUAGCAGGAACAAAAGAAACGAGUGCAGUGGAGGGCGAGGGUGAGGGAGAACACAGGGAUGAAGAUGGGCAGGCGAUGGGGGAGAGGGAAGGCGGCGGAGAGGAUGGGAGGAGAGAGGCCGUGAGAGGAGAAGGUCUGUGGAGGGAGAGUGUGGAGGAGAAGUGUGUGUGGGAACUGGUGGAGCAUGCGAGGGUGGAGAGGCGGGUAGUGGUGGGGAGUGUGCUGGAGGGGGCACUGGCUGCUGUGCAUGCGGGGCGGUUCAGCAAAGCCAAUCAUAUCCUCCAUCUGUGUCCCCCUCUCCGUCCCCUCACCACGCUCAUCGCAUGGGACCUCAUAGGCCCCUCGCACCCCGCCACCCGCCUGCGUCUCCUCUGGGCUCUCUGGCCUCACGAGUCUUCUCAAGCCCUGCUUCCCCAGGAGUCCGCCCAUGCGCUGCUGUCAUACAAGCCUCUUCUUAGCAACUCCUGGCCGUCGCAGCAGGUCCUGCAGCAUGCUGGCGAGGAGGUGGCACGUGUGCUGAGUCCCAAGGCAGUGGCUCACAUGGUGCGUGCAGCCGACCCGUUUGUUGCACGGCUGGCAGUGGAGCUGCUGCAGGUGCAGCCGCCCCUGCCCGUGCUGCUGUCUCUCGGUGCGCACUGCUUUCGCCCGGGAGAGAUUAUUCAGCUGCUGCAAGCCCAGCCUGGAUUUGGAGGGAACAUGCUUGCACCAUCAGCACCUCCGGCUGUAGCAGUGAUGGAGUCCUUGCUGGCGGCUGUAGCCAAGCAUCUGCCGCCCCAGGGCACGGAGACGCACGGCAUGGCUCGUCCUUUUCUGCUGGAUGCGUCUCCCUUGAGCGGUGUGGACAGGCGGGCGGCACGGGCACUGCUGAAGCGGAAGGAUGUGGGGGAGGUGGGAUCUGGUGGAGGUGAUGGUGAUGCUGCCGCUAGUCCUGCUGCGGGUGGUGCCUCUGGUGCUGGUGUAAGUGAUGCUGAUAUUGCUGCUGAGCUGGAUGCUGAGCUGGACGCACAGGCGUCUGACGUGGCAGCGGCGGCAGUGGGAGUGCUGGCUUCUGAUUGGAAGCAGAGGGCGCAGGUGGUGCGUGAUUGGCUGGACGACUGGCAGUGGCGGCUGGCUGUGCUGAAAGCUGAUUGGCUGGGCGUUCGUGCAGGGGGGAGAGACUUGGAGGAGCAAGUAUUGGAAGAGGAAGGGAAUCUGGAAAGAAGUAUAUAUGAGGAGGGAGAGGAGGUGGAAAAAGAAGUUGAGGCGAGUGAAUCUGGGCAAAAGGGUGGAAUGGAGGGGGGUGGAAGAAAGGCAGGGGAGGUGAAGGGGCAGACAGGGAAGCGGCAGGAGUGGCGACUGCGGAGUGAUUGGUCGGCAUGGGGGUGGCACGAGGUGGUGGCGUGGAUGCGAGUGGAGCCCUCCGCUCUCAUCUCCUGCUGCCUGUCAGUGGGCGACUUCUCUCUCUGCCAGUCGCUCACUUGUCGCUUCCCCCUGGCCGUGCACACAGAAGCACGAGUGCAGCUCUCUGCAUGGCUCGCCCGCCACGAUCAAUCCAGAGUCGUCCGGUGGGACAGUGGAGGAGGGCGAUUGCACAGCAGCAGCAGCAUUUGUGGUGGCGGUGGUGGUGGUGGUGGUGGUGGUGAUAUUGCUGCUGGCAGUGGUGGGAGUGGGAAGGGAGGUGGGAGCAGGGGUGGGUUGGAGAGGGUGGGGAGUGUGGAGGCGAGGGAGAGGAGGGUGAGGGAGAACGAGCAGGUGGACUCGCUAUUCUCGCUCUUCUUCGCUCCAUCGCAAGCCAUGUGGGAAAUGUUCCCGGCCCUUGACAUGGUGGCAGUGCUGCUGGAUGCAGCAGCAACACAGGCUCGCACCGCCCCUGACGCCCUUGUGCUGCUCGACCAGCCGCACCUGUCGCCGUCCCCGGGCCUGUCAGGCUCGGCAGGGGCUGCGGCGGGGCCCCAGGCUCGGGCAGUGAUGGCACUACAGCAGGUGGUAGCUGACUGUGAGGCAGGCACGGCACAGUUCGUCAGUGGCAAGCUCCACAAUCUCAUCCGAGCCUUAGAGGAUCCCGAACCAGCAGCAGACCCCCUCUCCCAGGUCAUCCCCGCACCUGCCACGGCCGUUGGCCAAUCAGGAUCCGCCACGUCAGGGGGAGGAGGAGCAGUAGGGGGAGGAGCAGCAGCAGGAAGUGUGCCUGCAGUAUCCGCCCGAGCCGACUCCCAAGGCUCGGUGGCUGCUGCAGCUGCAGUGGCAGGCCUAGCUUCGGCAACAGGUUCGGGAGGAGUGGGAGUGGCAGCAGGGUCGCCAGUGCACACGCCCCCUCUCUCCCCCCGCUGGACCCGCUCCUCCUCUGGCCUUGGCCUCUCCGCUGCUGCUGCUGCUGCUGCUGCUGCCACUGUCACCGGUGGUUCUUCGGUAGGAGCAACAAGAGAAGGUGCCGGUUCUGAUGCAUUGGAAGCAGCAGCAUUUGAAGAUUUUUCUGAAGGAGGAUCAGUCAGGUCUAGCUCCCUCCCUCUUCCCUCCACUGCCGUUACUACUGCAUCCUCUGCUGCUGCUCCGUCUCCCCUUUCAGUACCAUCACGCUCCUCUGUAGGUGCGGUCAGCAUGCCCCCCCCUUCCACAACCACCACCAUCACAAGCGCCCCAUCUGCUGCUGCAUCUGCACGCGUAUCUGCUCCUCCAGCUCCAGGUGUUUCUUCAGGUGGUUCCUCAGGUGUUUCUUCAGGUGGUUCCUCAGGUGGGGCCGCCAGGGCGUCUGCGCCACUCCCUCCUGUGCCGCGAUCCUCCAUGCCCAGUCUCUGGCCCUUCUCUUUCAACUCCAAGCAGCCUGCUGCAGGAGAGGGGCAGACAGUGGUAGGACUUCAGUCCCUUCUAGGCUCUGGCACUGUCUCAGCAGCAGCAGGGUUGCGAGGGCCGGGAAAGCAGCCUUGGGAUCAUCCCAAGGGUUACCUGCCAGUCUUCUUAAACUACGUGGUUCAGAUUGGAGAUAUAGUCGACGACAGUGACCCCAGCCAUCCCUUUAAUUACUUCUCUUUACUAAACAUCGAUCCGGUGGAGCUUUUAAGAGAGCUUGUGUUUGUGAGAGGGGAUAUUUCUGCUGCGUCGCACGUGGCUGGGAUUAUGGGUAGGGAUUCUUUACCUGCUGAUAUCAUCCCCGCAGCUCUCCCGAGCCUGCUGCCGCCUGUGCCGAGCCUGAAGCUCUGCUCCGUGGCUCGGCGCUUCCGAAGCAGACUUCUGGGAAGGUCCGGAGGAGGCCCGGGACAGAGUAGGCCCGGUAGGGACAAGGUAGCAGGAGGAGUGGGAGGGCCGGAAAGUUCGGAGAAGCUUCUGGUGCCUUCCCCGUAUGAGCCGCCGCGAUUUGCACUGAGCAUGGAUGUGGUUCAGUUGCUUGCGAGGGAAUCUAUGGUGCAUGCUGUGUUGGCUUGUGUGCUGGGAGCAGAACAGCAGAUAUUGCAGAUGCAUAGACGGAAGGAAAGGGAGCGUGACCUGAAAUCAAUUGGUGCAUUUUCCGGUGGUGGUGGUGGCGCUGCCGCUGCUACCGGUGGUGGUGGUGUUGGUGGUGUGUUGGGCGGUGAUAGGAGCAGGGGCAAGGGAGGAGCAGUGGGAGGAGGGGUGAGUGCAGUGGAGGCAGAGGAGGAAGCUGCAAAGAAGCUGAUGGAGUAUGCACGCUUGCACUCUGCUGGCCUGAUUGCUGACUCGCGAUUGGCCGAGGCUCUUGAGCUGGCAGACACGUGGUUGCCUGAGGGGGCGCCAGAUCACCUGCUGUGUCUGCUCGUGGAACAGGCUGAGCGCCCAGGUGGUGCUACUGCUGCUCACACGCACACGUCAGGAGGAGACAAUAUGCGGUUUCAGAAGGUGCCUGUAACACAGGCAAGCAGGCUGCAGCAGAGCCCACGGAGUGGAGGACUUGGGUUUGCAGGUUCUGCUGCUGCGAGUGGGGGGAGUGAGGCAGGGGGUCGCACUGGCAGUGCUGGCAAGGCAGUGAGGAAGCCGGUGACAGCGGGAGACAGCUGGCGGUUUGUGAUUCGCGUGGCUGACAAGGAGCUGGCAGCGGCCCUGGCUCUCAGGUACCACCACAGCUGGCAGUUGUCACACAUCCACACCGUAUUCAACACCUGCCUCUCACACCUACCCGCGCACUCGCCCCUGCGGUCUCAGAUCCUCACCUGCAAGUCAGCUGUGGAUCAGUACACUCGCAUCCGCUCCAUUCUCAACGACAGAACACUUGCCACGUGGCAGCAG